CCGUUUCUGCUUCCGCUUCUACUCUCUGAAGCGCGGGGACGGGUUGGCUGUUGAAGUGCUAUGACAACGGGCGUCAAGAUGGCAGUGCGGGGUCGCGGGUGCCUGUAGCCUCCCCGUGAGCCGCGGCGGCGGCAGCAGCAACCGCAACCAUCCAGCCGGGGCGGGGCUCGCCGCUGCCUCACGGGCUGCCCGGGACAUGCUCGCCUGGGCCAGAGGAAAGGUGCUGCUGUUUGGAAACUGAGACCGCGUUGAUGGUUGUGGGGUGAGGACCUCGCAGCGAAGGGACCUUUUUCCCAAAGAGUGAAGAAGAAUGUCUUUAUUUAAAGCUCGAGAUUGGUGGUCCACAACACUCGGAGAAAAAGAAGAAUUUGAUCAAGGAUGUCUAUGUGUAGCUGAUGUUGACAACAGUGGCAUUGGACAAGAUAAAAUAAUCGUGGGCAGUUAUAUGGGAUUUCUUCGAAUCUUUAAUCCUCAUCCUGUAAAAUCUGGAGAUGGAACGCAAGCUGAAGAUUUGCUCCUGGAAGUGCAAUUGCGAGAGCCAAUACUGCAGGUGGAAGUAGGAAAAUUUGUUUCUGGUACCGAACUACUUCAUCUAGCUGUGCUACACUGCAGGAAACUCUGUGUAUAUGCUGUCUCAGGAACUUUGGGGAGUGUGGAACAUGGGAACCAGUAUCAUAUCAAACUUAUAUAUGAACACAAUCUUCAGCGAACAGCCUGCAACAUGACUUAUGGACCAUUUGGUGGUGUAAAGGGUCGAGAUUUGAUAUGCAUACAGUCCAUGGAUGGAAUGCUUAUGUUGUUUGAACAAGAAAGUUAUGCUUUUGGACGAUUUCUUCCUGGCUUUCUUCUGCCUGGUCCAUUAACUUACAGCUCUCGAACGGAUUCUUUCAUUACAGUAUCUUCCUCUCGACAGGUUGAGAGCUACAAAUAUCAAGUACUUGCAUUUGCAACAGAUGCUGAUGAAAGACACGAGACAGAGCAGCAAAAACAUAGUUCUGGAAAAAGACUUGUGGUGGAUUGGGUUUUAAAUAUUGGAGAGCAAGCACUGGAUAUACGUGUUGUCUCUUUUAAUCAGAUGGUUUCCACUCUUUUUGUGCUUGGUGAGAGAAACUUCUUUUGCCUUAAGGAUAAUGGGCAAAUUCGAUUCAUGAAAAAACUUGAUUACAGUCCAAGUUGCUUCCUUCCUUAUUGUUCAGUGACUGAGGGAACAAUAAACACUCUGAUUGGGAACCAUAAUAACAUGCUGCUUGUUUAUCAAGAUGUGACACUGAAAUGGGCCACUCAGCUUCCUCACACUCCUGUGGCAGUGAAAGUGUGCUGUUUACAAGAUAUGAAAGGUCUAAUAGUUACUCUCAGUGACAGUGGGCACCUUCAAUGUUCCUACCUCGGAACCGAUCCUUCUGUGUUCCAGGCACCUAAAGUUGAAUCUAGAGAAAUGAACUAUGAAGAGCUAGACAGAGAAAUGAAAGAACUUCAGAAGAUCAUCAAGGAGGCCACAAAAACACAAGAUAUUUUGCCAAAAUCUGAGGAUGAUGAUUUGAAAGUCACAGCAGAAGUUUCAUUUCACCUGGAUGCAAUAUCUCAAGCCAUUGACAGUGAGGUGAGAGCAGAGGUGGUUCCUUCAGUUACAGUAAAGAUCACAGUACAAAGCAGACUGGCUGUGCAGAAACCAAAGUUAUCAGUAUGUGUACAACCUCCUUUAGCAUUGACCUGUGACCAGUUCAUCUUUAAUGAUAUAGGACCAGCAGUAUCUAAAACUGUAGUCCUGUCUGCCUUUCUAAAGGGGAAUUGCCCACCAGCAGAAUUGGAAGGAAAUGCAAUAUUUUCAUAUAACACACCAACAGCAGAUUUCAACCCUAAAGGGGUACCAAGAGUUGCACAGUGCAAGUUUAGACUCCCCCUGCGGUUAAUUUGCUUUCCAGCUCAACCUUCAAAAACAGCAAACCACAAGCUAACUAUUGAUACCAACAAACCUCCUGUCAGUCUUGUCAGCCUUUUUCCAGAUUUUUCUGAUCAGUCUGUUGAAGAUCAGGUAAAUAGUUUAGGAUUCCAGUUCUUAGCUGGUUCUAGAACCACUCUUCUUGCUUCAAAAACAUCACAGCGGUAUAGAAUCCAGAGUGAUCAAUUAGAAGAUAUUUGGCUAAUAGCAAAUGAGCUUACUCUUCGUCUUGAAGAACAUUUCAAGAAGCAAAAUUGCAAAGACUUCCUGUGUAUCUUCUCUGGUUCAAUUCCUUUGCAAGAAUAUUUUGAAUGUAUUGAUCACCACUUUGAGCUGCGCUUGAACGCUGAAAAAUUCCAAGAACUAUUAUCUGAACGGGCAAUACAGUUUAGAGCUAUUGAACGACGAUUGCUAGCACGAUUCAAAGACAAAACCCCUGCUCCCCUCCAACAUCUGGACACCUUGCUAGAAGGAACUUACAGACAGGUAAUAGCUUUAGCAGAUGCUGCAGAGGAAAACCAAGCCAAUAUGUUCCAGGCAUUCGUAAAGUUGAAGAGUGCCACCCAUCUGGUGAUUAUGUUGAUUAGUCUGUGGCAGAAACUCAGCCCUGACCAAGUUGCUAUUUUGGAAGCUACAUUUUUGCCAUUAAUGCAGGAUACUCAAGAGCUGGGCUGGGAAGAAACUGUGGAUGCUGCAAUUUCUUACUUAUUGAGAACUUGUCUUUCCAAGAGCUCUAAAGAACAGGCCUUGACUCUCACCAGUCAGCUGAGCAUACCCAAAGAUACUAGUAGGCUGAAGAAACACAUAACUUUGCUCUGUGAUAGGUUGGCCAAAGGUGGGCGCCUCUGUUUGAAUGCAGACACAAAUACUCAGCAGGCUAUCAUCAUGCCAGCCCCAAGGGGCAGUUCAGCAUCUGUGGAGUGCCAAAGAACUGACGCAACUCAAGUGAACAUGGAUAAAUUCCUCAAGUGCAAAAGAAAAAUGGAGGAAAAAAACACAAAAGGCUAUACUACAGAAAAUGCAAAGCGACAGAAAGUUCGUGGCUGUACUGCUAUCCCAGAGUCUGACUUGGAGGAAAGAACAGCUGUACAGGACCCCACACCAAUACUUACUGACCACAAGCACCUCACAAAGCAGAAAUCCAAACCUGAUUUAUCCCAGAGUGUACUGGAUGAAGCAGAAAAGCCAUGAAAUUCUGAAGAUUUUCCUCAGGAGAAUAUAUCUAUCUGAUGUCAAAUGCAUUCACAAUGCAGAAGUACGAAUCUGUGUAUUUUACUCGGUACCAAAUGGAGCCUCCAGGAAGAAAAGGCUCUAAAAACUGCACAAAAAAGUUCCAUUCACAUCAAAUUGAUUGGAUCUUCCGGCCAACCACUAGAUUUAGCAUCCUUUCUGUGAACAAAGUCUAACCACUUACCAAACUGUUGUAAGGUACAUUUAUGUUAAUCUGCAAUAUCAGCUCUCCAUAAGGACUCUGUUGAUUGAUCAAAGAGUGUUUGCACACACUUAAAAGCAACCUUUGUUUCUGGAUAUAUUUUAUCUGAUUGUUAAGAUAUUCUGUACUCUUCCUCCCUUCGAGAUUACAUUACCGUUUUCUCAUAAUGUCACAGUUUUGACAAAAGAUAACUAUCUUCUUUCCUCCUCUGCUAACCAAUCUCAAUUUCUACACAGCUGAAUUCACCACCAAAAGAAAGGCUGAUAAUCCACCAAGUUUCCUCUAUUCCCCAUCCCUGAUAUAUACUUCUACUCUCAAGAGAUAGAGUAAAAUAUAGUUACUUGAUAUAAAGACCAUAGUGUCUCCAACCCUUUUGCCAUGAAGUCACUGCAAAGAGAAGUAAAAUUUACAUUUAAAGUUCUGUGAGCACCAUGACACGCCAAUCUUUUCCUGCAUUAAAUGUGAUACUUAUAUCUGUAAUUCUGAUUAGGGUCAAGAUUUUCAAACGUGAUGAGUGAUUAUGAAUGCCUUAAUUGCUUAACCCAAGUUGAGACAGCUUAAAGAGGAUCUCAGUUUUAGAACAUGCUGAGCAGUCACUCUCUGAAAAUCAAGUCCAAGAAGGUGUCUCAGUUGGAACAUCCAAAGUGGAAGCACCUAAAAACACCUUUGAAAAUCUUGGCCUGGUUUUCUGAAGUGUCAGGUACACAAAUGAAUUCUUGAGAGUAACAUGAAUGUAAUGUCAAUAUAAAGCUGCAUAUAAUGGCCUCAAGAUAACAGAGACCUAGCUCUGAGCAUAGGAAAUAUGUCUUUUUGUUUUGGCCUAUUGGUGGAAAUACAAAAUAAGAAGUUUUGACUUGUUCAGCAGCAUGCGUAAAAUGAAUGGUACGUCUCAUUUUGUAACAGAUACAUUGCAAAAUCUUCCUUCACACUUGGCACCCUUGGUGGCUGGAUCAGCACAAGCACCAAAAAGCUUAAUAACAUAGAGAUUCACUAUUCCGAGAAAAGAUCCCUCCAACUCAGUUUGGAGAACUUUGGGAUGGGGUGAUGGCUGUAGAUUUGUACUGCUUUUUACCAACAGUAGUCUGUGCUGUACCUGUCCUGUGGAUAGUGAUGGGACUUGAUUCUCCAAGACUUCCUGUCUAGGAGCCUUCAUUACCACUAAAUCUACUUUUAACUUCUUCCCACCUCCCCAAUGCCAAAAAUAUUUGUUCCCAUCCUGCAACAGUUGUGCAUUGCCAGUAGGCUCCUAGGUAUCCUUGUGGUACUGCUCUAUCUCAAUAAAGUAGAUGUAACGGUAGUUAUGCAGAACUUUUUUAACAGAUGAACUAUUAAAUGAAGCCAAGUGAUAAGGAAGCAGAGGAAAGCCACAUGUGGCCCUGGAACUCGUUUAACAUGCAGCGGUCCCAUCUGGUUGGUCUUGUUCUCUAGUAGACCUCAAAGACCUUCCAGGCACAAGGAUGAAGCUCCCUACUUCUUUCCCUGAGGGGGCAAUCACCAUCCCUCUGCUUGCAGUGGAACAAUUGCUUGUGCAGAGUUUUUUUUGCUAUCGCAUCCCUCCCGCAUGUUUUUCUGCAGGAGGGCAGUAUCAAAAUCAUCAUAAGGAGACACCUGCCCUCCAGCUCUGUGAAAAUUGUACAAUAAAAGAAUCUCCCCAUAGUCUCUAUAUACACCUCAGUGACUAAAGAAAAUCCAUGGGAGCUAAUCAGUUACUGUAGCUAUUAGGCUUAAACUUUAACCACAGGUCUCAGAUCUUCUCUUGUGUACUAUUAGUGGCUACUAGAUAAUCUAAAGAAGUCAACUGCAAUUACUAUUAAAAUCCCAUACUAUAGAAGUGCCAUUACAAUGUAGAUUCCUGAGCCAAAGAAUUCUAUACUGUUAUAUACAGCAUCUGGAAAGGAAAACAUAUGGCUUUAGUGGGAUAUAUUAUAGUGUAGCAAUUAUCAUUAUUGGGUAUGAUCCAAACACUCAAAACUGUCAUCAACUUUAGUGGAAAUUUUGAGUAAGCAGUGAAUAGAGGUUCAGGUCAAUUAUAUGUGUCUAUUUCUAUAACUUUUAUAACAGUGAAGUGUGUUAGCUUUGGUGUUGCUUCUGUUGGCCUAUUCUAUGCUAAGCUUUGCAAGAUGAAGUCUCUGUGGGGAAUUAACCUAUAAUACUUCUGAAGGGGAAAAAAGGAAUAGCUAGAGAACAAAGAAAGAGAAAAUAGUGCAUAGUGAUAAUUUAUGGUCUCUUUUUGUCUCAUGAUAUAUUGUGGCAUUCAGUAGUAUCAUCAGGUUUUAAAACAGAUGUAUUUACCCUGGGUAUAAAAAUAAUUUGUUUUUCCCAUGGCCAUGUAAUCCAAUGAAUUUAGAGGAAAUCAGUCAUUGCAGUUUAGUUGCUUACCUAAUAGUGUAAAAGGAACCAACAUGAAGAAGCUCUCAGAAGUUCUCAAAUGCAGUAUGAAUGAAAAAUCUCAUCUUUCUGGCUGAAAAAGUAAUCAGGCCAAGUUACAAGUUAGAAAAAAUAGAGAGUCAGCCAACUCCAAAAUAUAAAAGGAAAAGGGGACCAAAGUUCCAAACACCAGAGUGCUUGAAGUCAAGGAAGGUACUUCUGGCUAGGUGAUUCUGUUAUGUGCAGGAUUUGCACCAGCACUCAGUCAGCUGUACUAUUAAUAAGAGACCACAUUAUUUAAAAAUAAGGUUGGGGUUGUAAAUACAAUUUUCUAGUUAUUUAUGCUCUAAAGAAAUACUCAUUUUAAAAAAAAACAUUCUUACUUGGAGUGAAGCAAGCUUUAAAUAUGCAGUGUGUCUAUUCUUCAUCAGAUUACUUGAAGAAAAUGCUAUAUUUUUAUGUAAGGUUUAGUGCAAAAAAAAACCUUGAACUGGUCAUUUUAUCAAAAGCAAUUAUAGAUAUAGUUAGAGGUAGAAAUAGGAAGCACAUUGUGAUAUUAUAAAAGCCAUCCUCUCAGUGGUACCAACUUUUUUAUUGUUUAUAUCUACUGCUCUUUGAAAUGCAUUUUCUAAAGUAAGUUGUGCUAUAAAAUGAAAUAUACAUUUGAUUUUCUUUGAACUACAGAAUGCUUAUAAAAUGUUUACUAAAUGAUAUUUGUCCAAGGUUUUUUUCUUCAAGUUUUUUCAUUCAAUUCCCCCGCCCCCUUCUUUCCUUCACUCUCUUGUGUGUUUGUUUUGGGAGUUUUCACCCUUGCAUUUUAGAACAAUACACUAAAAGGUUUAUUUCUAUAUUGACCAACAUGCAGCUGUUUCUGAAAGUCUGGGCUCAGCUAAACUUUUUGGGUUUCAAGACCCUGUGGUUUGUACAUCCCCAAAAUGAUUCUUCAGUCCAAUUAAUGUUCAGCUAAAGCAAGGAAUCACAACAAAUCUGUAUUUCCCAGGAACUGGAUUUCAUUUUAGUAUUGUAUGCGUUUCUCCUCUUCAGCUUUUACUCUGCAGACUGAAUUAGAUGUAUGCCUGAAUGUUCUUAUCUUUGUUCUCAUAGUGCAUCUAAAAAGUAAUUUGCUGCCAUGAACUAAGGUAUGCUGCGCAGAGAUUGUAAUUUCUAUGUGAAACCCUUUACAAUAGAAAAAAGCAUUACAGUCUAUGCAUUAUGCUGAAUAAAUAUCUUUUCUUCUCAUCAAUA